UGACCCGCAUAAAGAUGUCUUCCGUGACACACGUAAUGUGAGUGCAGUUUACGUUAUUAAAAUCAACCACACUUUAGUGUACAUUGGAAAUCAAGUAACUUUAAUAAUCUAAUGAGCUUCUUUACAGCUGUUAAUGUCAUAUAAACUGUAGCUCGAUAUUUAAAAAAAAAACAUAUUUUACCCUCACAAAAAUGGCUGCCGGUACUCUUUUCAGCAGCUUCCUGGUUUAUUUUGUAAUCUCGACAUGAUGAGUGAGCACCACAUAUCUCCAGACGUCCCUUUGCAAAAAGCUACCAAGGGAAAACUUGACAAGUUUGAAACAAUUAGAGGCAAGGCUGUACAGACUGGCGAAUUCUGGGACAUAGUUGUUAUCACAGCAGCCGAUAAAAAGCAGAAACUGGCCUAUGAGCAACAAAUAGCUGAAAAACUAAGAAGGAAGGAACUUCCACUCUGGGUUAAAUAUCAUGUGUUUGCUGACCCCCCGGGAGUUAAAAUAGGCAAUGGCGGGUCCACAUUGUAUUCCAUUCAGCACCUGCAAGAGCAGUAUGAUGACAAGUUAAGCACAUUUAGAACCCUUCUAAUCCAUGCAGGGGGGUAUAGUCAACGAUUGCCUAGUGCAAGUGCACUGGGAAAAAUCUUCACAACCCUUCCGCUUGGAGACCCUGUGUACCAAAUGCUGGAGCUCAAACUGGUUAUGUACAUCGAUUUUCCUUCACACAUGGAGCCUGGAGUUCUGGUGACCUGUGCUGAUGAUAUAGAACUUUAUUGCAUAAAAGAAAAUGAGACCAUUAGGUUUGAUAGACCAGGUUUUACUGCUUUAGCCCACCCCUCUUCACUUUCCAUUGGAACCACGCAUGGAGUAUUUGUUUUGGAACCAAAAGCAGAGUCGGAGUAUGGCAUGCUAGAGUACAGGUCGUGUCACAGUUUUCUGCAUAAGCCGAACAUUAAGACAAUGUACAUCAGUGGGGCAGUGUGCAAAAAGGUGAAGCAUUUCCCACGUUCAUUUGGUGAAGUAGGUGAUAACAGUGCUGGUGAGUUUGUUUACACUGAUAGCACUUAUUACAUUGACCAUCCGACUGCAAAACGGUUGCUGGUGCUGUUUAAAGAAAUCGGGCCCCUUGAUUGUGAAAUAGACGCAUAUGGUGACUUUCUCCAGGCACUGGGGCCAGGGGCUACUUCAGCAUAUACCAGAAACACAGCUAAUGUCACUAAAGAAGAUGCAAAACUAGUUGAAGUAAGAGAGAAGAUAUUCUUUCUCCUUAAAGGAACGCCGCUUAAUGUAAUUGUCCUAAACAACUCCAAAUUCUACCACAUUGGCACUACCCAAGAGUAUCUCUUUCAUUUCACAGCAGAUCUGAAUCUAAGGGCUGAACUCGGUCUGCUUUCUGAGGCUUUUAGCAUCUGUCCCACUGAUGCUGCUCUGAAUGUCUCCGCUUGUGUUAUUCACAGCCUUGUGGAUCCAAGUUGUACUGUUGCUCCAGGCACAGUGGUUGAAUACUCCAUACUUGGUCCUAAUGUUACUGUAAGUAGAAACAGUAUCAUCAGUGGCUGUUGGAUAUCUGGCAACACACACAUCCCGUCAAACACCUUUAUGCAUUCAUUGAGUGUGAAUGUGAAUGGAGGCACAAAGUUUGCGACUGUAGUAUUAGGCAUAGAUGACAAUCUGAAGAAAAGCGUUGCAUCAAUAGCGGAUAUCAUCGAUCUUCAGUUUUUUGGAACAAGCCUACUGACAUGUGUUGACCUCUGGGGUCUGUCUGCUUCUGACCUGGUCUCAUCAGUUGACAGAUCCAGGAUUAGUUUAUGGAAUGCCAGAAUUUUUCCAGCGUUCCCUGAUUUGCAGAGCUCGGUUACAGCAUCUCUGAAAAUGCUUGAAGCUUUGUACAGCAAGUCCAGCUACAAACUUCCCAAGGAAGUUCAGUUGCUUUCCUUGCAGACAAUUCUUAAUCACAAGGACAUUGGGGAAAUGCUUAAAUUCAGACAACAUCUUUACGAAGAAAUAAGCAGGCAUAGAUUGAAGAACAAUCCUAAGUGAGCUAAAGAUGAGAAUGCUGAAAAGAACUACAGAUUGUUGAAUGACUCGCCAGUCUGAUUAAUUGCAGCGAGUUACAAGUAAACAUAUGCUUGAACGAUUUGUAUGACUAUAUCAAUAAACUGCACCAAGUUGACGGCUAUGUAAAUAAAACAAGGAAAUCUGCCUAUGAAUAAUUUUUCUCU